AUGCGAAACAUAGUAAUACUCGCAGGCUCUUCACACCCAAUUCUUGCUGAGCAAAUUGCCUCACGCCUAGGCGAACCACUCGGGCGUGUAGAGCUCUCGAAAUUCUCAAAUAAAGAAACAAAUGUCGAGAUACGUGAAAGUGUACGAGAGAAAGACGUUUACAUUGUGCAGUCGGGAUGUGGUCACGUAAACGAUAAUUUGAUGGAACUCUUGAUUAUGAUUUCGGCGUGUAAAACCGCGUCUGCUGCACGAGUGACUGCAGUCAUUCCUUGUUUUCCGUAUGCGCGACAACCGGACGCUCCUUAUAAGAGAAACGGGGCGAUGUUAUCGCGGAUUCCAAAGAACGCUUUUUUUGGGUAUACCUUUGAUUCUACACCGGUGAAUUCUAUGCCGCCUUCUCCUUCUGUGGAAACUAGGGACCCAUUUACUGCAGCUCUUUCUCGAAUUGAAGAAAAUAGUUCAUCAUCGUCGAUAUCACCAACUGAUAAUAAUAGAUCUGGUCAUUGUGGUACUCAAACUCCAACAAAUCAGUUUGGUGGAUAUAAGCAUUGGAUUGCUCGAUCCGGAACACUUGUUGCGAAUCUGUUAACGUGUGCAGGAGCUGAUCAUAUAAUGACAAUGGAUUUACAUGACCCUCAAUUCCAAGGAUUUUUCGAUAUUCCUGUGGAUAACUUGUAUGGACAACCUUUAAUGAUCAAAUAUAUUAAAGAGAAUAUUCCUAAUUGGGCACAGGCUGUAAUGGUAUCUCCGGAUGCAGGUGGUGCAAAAAGAGCAACCGCUAUAGCCGAUAUACUGCGAAUGGAUUUUGCACUUAUUCACAAAGAGCGUCGCUCUCAGCACCAACCACACAAAUCAGACAUGAUGCUCGUAGGUCACGUUAAAGACAAAGUUUGUAUCCUAAUUGACGAUAUAGCAGACACGUCGAUCACCAUCACCAAAGCUGCAAGAGUACUUGUUGAUAACGGGGCGCAAAAAGUCUAUGCUAUUAUCACACAUGCGAUUAUGAGUGGCGAUGCGAUAAAACGAAUUCAGUCCAGUGUAAUAGAUCAGAUCAUUGUGAGCAAUAGUAUCCCACAAGAGGAUCAUUUGCAGCAAUGUCUAAAAAUACGGGUGUUUAAUAUUGCGCCGAUAUUUGCUGAGGCAAUUAGGAGAAUGCAUAAUGGAGAGAGUGUUAGUGCACUGUUUAAUGUUACGGAUUUAAUAUAA